AUGAGUCUCUGCGACCACGAAUUCUCUGGAGGGUUCAAACUCAACGAUCUUGAGUUGCUUCAUCAUUACACGACGUCAGCAUGCCUUACCUUUUCGACCGACCCAAUGAUUCGCAACUUCUGGCGGGUAAAUGUUCCCCAGAUAGGAUUCGACACACCAUACAUUUUGAAAGGCUUGCUCUCGCUUUCCGCUCUGCAUUUGGCGAAAUUCAGGUCGGAACGUAAGGACUUUUACAUUGCCGAGGCUCUCCUUCAGCACAACGCGGCUUUGACUUCGGUGCUGCCACUAUUGUCAACAAUCACUGCCGAGAAUUGCAUGCAGCUCUUCUUGUUCAGCAGCCUUACAAACUAUGUCGCAUUUGGGAAGCCGAGAGAGCCGGAUAGCUUUCUUCUCGCCAGACAUGGGGUCUUGCCCGAAUGGUUAAUGAUAUUUCGUGGUGUUCGUGCCGUGAUGGAGACAGAGCAAGCCAUCCUAUGUCGAUCCCCUGUGGCGGCUAUGCUCGAGACGGGCUUCACAACGCAUCGUUACUGGAUCUCGCAUACAUUCGAAAACGAAGCUCUGAGAGCGCUGGAGACGAGCAUCCGAGAUACCAUGCAAGAUGAGCCCGAGCACUUGCACGCAAUGAUGCUAGCAAUGGAUGAUUUGAAGCGGAGCUACGCGAUAGUUUAUGGAGGUCCCCAGUUAAAGGCCCAGUCAGACGACGACAAGGUCCGGGGAAUCUUUAUUUGGCUCUAUAAAAUCACUGACGAGUUUAUAGCUCUGGUUGCACAAGGCAAUAGCGAAGCUCUCUGCAUCCUUGCGUACUUCUGCGUCCUGAUGCGGCGUUUGGACUUUUUGUGGUGGAUGGAAGGCUGGGGCUUACAUCUGAUCGAGAGCAUAUACUCUCGGCUCAAUGACAGCUAUAGAUGUUGGAUCAGGUGGGCAAUAGAAGAGACAGGCUGGGUCCCUGGUUCCAGAAGUCUUUCAUCUUUUUGA